AUGCGUCGAGCAGAUAUUAUGGUCUCGCGAGAUAAUCCACAACAUUUACAUCAACAUCGUUUAAGCGGUAUGAUUAGUGCUAACCCCGCCGAGGAUGAAGCCACGACAAGCACAAUGAUUGAAAAUCCACAUACGCAUCAUCAUGCCGAAAAGGAUGAACUCUUGUACGAGAAAAAGAAGAGUGUGAUCAUCUUGUUGGGAAGAUUACUAUUGAAAUGUGGGUGUCCUUGUCAUCGAGUGGAUGAAGCACUUCAACAUACUGCUAAAUUAUUAGUUUUGGACGCUUCCUUUUCCUUCCUUCCCGAUUCGGUCUUGAUUACUUUUACCAAUGCAAGCGAUUCACAGUCCAUCAUGGUGAAAUCCCCUCAAGGUUUUGAUAACGGCAAAAUCGUCAAAAUCAAUGAUAUCAUGAACAAUUUUUAUAGAGGUGAAAUCGAUCUAGAUCGUUGUCUAGUUGUACUUCACGAGGUUGCAACAGCUCCACCCACCUGUGGAUUAUUAUCCACUUUAAUUUUCUUUACGGCUAGUAGUUUUACAGCAUCAGCCAUGAUGUUUGGUGGUACUUGGAUCGAUGCUUGUAUAAGUGGUAGUCUAGGCCUGAUGGUAGCUAUUCUCUAUAUCUUGUCUGGCUAUUUUCCGAUUUAUGCUCGUGUCUUUGAAAUAUCUGCUUCUGUACUAGUAGCUCUUAUCACGCGGGCUCUUCAUAAUUACUGCUGCUUUACUAGUGUUGCUAUGUCGUCUAUUUUGAUCCUAUUACCUGGUUAUACAAUGACGGUGGGCGUGGUAAAAAAGAUUAGAUCUUUUUUUUAA